AUGACAACCUUAAACCCUGCACCAUCACUUGAGACGCUGUCAACCGAUGUGCACGUUAGUAUUGCACAGUUCAUGGAACCGUACCCAGAUAUGCAUGCGCUGAGCAUGACUUGCGCAGGUCUGCGUGCGGUCUAUCAGCCCCUAAAGUGGCGCUACUCCAUGGUCACAACCAAGUUCCCUCCCCAGAAAUAUGGCCGGUACAUGACAGUCCCCCUUAAAGUCGUAGUACCACGGCCUAACAAAUAUUCAUGGUUCCAUGCACACGAGGUACACACGCUUGAACUUGACGGACUUAACCUCGAAGACAUCCAGGGCUCGGUCGAAGUGCUUGGUAAAAAGUGGUUUGUUGACAAGUAUUAUCCAGAACUACGACGGUUACAGUCAUCGUUAACUGCUUCAUCUGCACUACUCAUGCAAGUUCCUCCAAAAACUCCCAUGUUUAACCCAAUUUUUGUAGGAUUGGACAGCACAGUUGGCGACGGAGAAAUCUACAUAAACUCAAAACGAAUGUGUUCCAAAGAUGACCAGGGAAUGCAACGGCUGGUAGGAAGUUUACUCCAGAGAAUAGUUUCAGGCUCUAUUAUGGAUAAUAAUGUGUACUCGCCCGCUUUACGAGUUGAUUUCGUAACUGGGCGUAUCAUCGACUUUGGGUAUUUACAAUCGGUAGUUGUUGAUGUUAGACCACCCAUGAUCCCCUUAUUGAAAAUGCUUUUUGAUGCUGAAAAUACUCCAGUGAAUUUCCCUAAUUUAGAAGAAAUACACCUUCAGUGUGACACGGUGUUUAUUUAUGACGAAAUGAGGGUAAACUCGGCGCUUCAAUUUUUGGAGUUUCGCAAAUUGCCGUCUAGUGUUUUAACUUGUCACUUGUGCCUUAAUUUUUAUCCUCCUUAUUCAAAUCACAAUGACUUUCUAGUGAUUCCAGAUACUAGACUAAAUAGGGAUGUGCAUCCACAUGUGGAUUUGCCUGUAACUUCAUUUUCUUAUUUGUUGAGUCAUGACCCCUCCCGCUUUUUCACGCGAUACAGGUUACCGUAUUUGAUCUCAUACCAAUUUGCUACAGACUUGGGUCAUUUCUCGUCUGAAACAUUGACAAAAAAUUACCAAAAUCAAAUCACCUCGGUUUCGUUUUGGUUAAACGCUGAAGACUUUCAGGUUUGCCUAAAUGCAUUGCAGUUGAUUGAUUCGAUGAAAAAUUUGACGAAAAUACAAGUCAAACUAGAUUGGUUUCCAACAAAGGAAUGUUUCUUAUUAUCUGGAAUUAUGUUUUGUGUAAGGAAGUUAAGUGACGACGAGCAAAUUGGGCUUAUGAAAAUUAAUGAGAUAUCUGAAGAGCUGAUAGACAUGUGUACAAAAGUGUUGAUUGAAAUGGGGAGCCGGAUAUAUGGUCAAAAUAAAGAUAAUUUUCCCGUUGAUUGUGCCAAGUCUAUUUGUACAACAGUUUUAAAUGCAAUCUAUGAUCCUAGCAAUUUAGAUGCCAAAAUUACUGAAAGAGAUGAAGGGUUUUUCCCAUUUAAAGAUUUAUUGAAAUCAUUCAACGAAGCUCUUGAUCAGGUUAAAAGUACAGAACUAUUUUAUGAUACCAUUGCAAGAAAUUUGAACUCACUGGAAUAUGUUAGUAUUCAAAACACGCGAAUAUUCCAGUGCUUACCAUAUUCUCCACGACUGCACCUGAUGUGUAGAGGGAUUCCAGCUACAGGCAUCAAGCAAGUACUAAUCUCGCUUCACACUUUUGAUGAAUUUUUGAAUCAAUGUUUUUCGUAUCAUGAAAACCUUGAUCCUGAGGUGCAAUUUACAACCCCCACUGAUAUUUUUAAGCUAGUUGUGCAGGUCCCCAACAUGCUUUUCUUCAGCAUGCCUGUAAAUUUCUCAGACAACCGGUAUCAGCGACUAGAAGGUAUUGUGGAUGUUGAAAAUGCAAAAAAAAUAAAGCGCUGGGACCCAACGCUUAAAAAAAUUAACAUGACAAUGAUGGAUAAUCGGAAUUUGUUUAUGGUAGACACUCUUCUUCGUACUCAGUUUGACGGGUGGGUUUAA